AUGCAAAAACUCCUCUUUGUCUUUUCUGUGUUAUUGACAGUAGUACUAGCAACAGCACCAUUUCAGGUACAAUGUCCUAGCUCUCCACUUAUUAGGGAGGCCAAACAUGAACUCUGUCCAGAAGAAACCUUGUAUCUGAAGAAAAAAAAAAUUAAAACGAAGAAUAAACUGAUUCAGUUUUUAAAAUCCUUGACAGAGGCAAAGUUUAGUUCGAAGUUUUAUAAACGCGUGUUGAAAGAUCCUCCAAAAAUUGGGAUUGCUAUAUCUGGCGGCGGGUACAGAUCCAUGUUAGUAGGUACCGGAUUUAUUUCCCAAAUGAACGAUUAUGGCCUUUUUGAAUAUUCGGAUUAUAUUGCUGGAUUAUCAGGCGGAAGUUGGAUCUUGAUGGAUUUGGUAGUUCAAAAUUUUGAAGUAAAAUCCCUGCUACAAGAGUGGGACCUUGAAGAGGAUCUUUUAUUAGGCAUACCGGAAUUCGAUAUUUCCGAAGAAGAAAUUGUUACCAAUGCAAAAAAGGAGUAUAAUGAUAAUGAUUUGAAGAUGAAGAAGCGUCAGGGGGGUUCUCUGAUUACAAGCUCUUCAAAUUUUUAUGAACAAAUAGAGGAGAUCAUGAAUUCCAUAGAAGAAAUCCCAGAAGACUAUAUGAUAACGAAGAGAAACUUGAAUCCAUUAGCAAGACUAAAAAAAAUAUUCUUUCCUAACAACACUUUCACUGGAACUGAUGCGAAGAUUGAAACCUUUAAAAAAGUGCUAGACUUUUACAAAAGUUUGCAUUUGAAAAUUAAGCCUAAAAAAAUGGAGGGUUUCCAAAUAUCGUUCACCGAUUAUUGGGGUAAAGCAAUCGUUCAAAGACUAAAAAAAAAUUUCGAUGACGAUCCCAACCAUUCCUUUUCGUUUUCGAAGCUUGUAAACUCGUCUAAAAAAUUUAAGGAAUGCAGUGUGCCGAUCCCAAUAUUCGUUGCAAAUUGCAAAAAUGGACUUCUUUCAAACGUUAUAUUUGAAUUUACGCCCUUUGAAUUUGGAUCUUGGGAAAAUAUCCUCAGACUUUUCGUCAAGUUGCCCUAUUUGGGCUCAAAAAUUGUUUCUGGAAAGGCCGAGAAGUGUAUUAAUAACUUUGAUGAUCUAGGUUUUAUUACUGCGACGUCUUCUUCAAUAUUCAACAAUGUGCUCAUCUUCAUCUGGAAUUUGGCUUCUCAGUCCUCCAGAGAAGCAAUGAAAGCUUUGAAUAUGGUUAUGGGAAUUUUUGGCCUAGGUAAAGAGGAAAUAUUUAGUAUUUCGAAAGACUCCUCGAGAUUAGAGACAGACUAUGCCGUAUAUCAACCCAAUCCCUUUUAUCUUUAUCCUGAAAAAGACAAUGUCCUAACUAACAAAAAUCAUUUAUACCUUGUAGACGGCGGAGAAGACGGCGAGAAUAUUCCACUCAGAACAUUGGUGAUUCCUGAAAGGGAACUAGAUGUAAUUUUUGUUCUGGAUUCUAGUUCGGAUAUUGACAACUAUCCAAACGGCUCCAAGUUAAAAAGGAUAUUCGAAAAAUUAGAUGAAGAGAACGUUCAUUACCAAUUUCCGAACAAUGUAAAAACAUUCACUCACCCCAUUGUUAUAGGAUGCAAUGCUACCAAAAGAACUGGACAUGAUUCAUUUUUGCCAAUUAUAAUUUAUCAUGCCAAUGCGAAUCAUGGAAACGCAUCUAAUACGUCGACAUUCAAAAUAACUUACAAUCAGUCUGAAGUUAGCAGUAUGUUACCCACUGGAAGGGGAGUGUUUAGCAAUGAUUAUGACCUUUAUUAUAAAAAUUGCUUAGGCUGUAUAUUAACCAAAAGAACAAUGGACAGGCUCCCAAGAAAAAAGAAAUUUUCGCCAUUUUGCUUACAAUGCUUUAAAGACUACUGUUACUCAUAA